GAGACCAGAAAAUAGAUUCUGUGAUACCUUCUCCGAGAUGGAGGAAAGCGGGGAGAAAGAACAACUGUGGGGCACUCUACCCUUCUGAUUCCUUAUUUUUUCUUCUCUGUAACUCAGUGGGUCAUCAUGGGGACAGCCAAGAACAACCACACUGUACUGAAACUUCCCCUCCUUGACAAACCCAAGACACAGAAAAACUAUGCCCAACCUGAGGUUCUGUGUCACACCUUUGAGACCCUGUCUAACCUUCACAAACUGCUGCCAAAUCAUAUGAUGGAGACACUCUGCUUCUACAAGAGGGAAGAGGACAAACAAAAUUGUCGGAAUUCUGAAUUCUCUGGCUUAGAAAGGAUCUUAGCAAGACAUCAGUUUCCAAAAGAGAUUAAUCUGACUCCCAAUCCAAGUAGCAUGCCCCUGUGGAGAAGAAAAUGCAUCAACAAUGCAAAUCGUGGGUGGAAGAAAUGUCAAUUGUGGAAUAAAAGCCUUGAGGAACCUCCAAUGUCAACCAUAGUUGUCAGAUGGUUGAAAAAGAACAUGCAACCCGCCGAAGACCUCCAGUCAGUAGUCCAGAGGCUGUCAGUGUUUGGGCCAAUUAAGUCAGUCACCUUCUGUGGACGGCAAAGUGCUAUCGUGGUGUUCGAAGACCUGACUUCAGCUUGUAAUGCUGUGAAUGCUUUUCAAAGCAGGACCACAGGCACAAUGUUUCAGUGUUCCUGGCAACAGCGUUUCAUGUCAAAAGAUAAAACAUAUUCAAGAAGAUAUACUGCAAAGUCACAGCCUAAGGAUUACAAGCAGGAAAUUGAAAGAAAAGGCUAAUCAUAGCUAAGGGGACACGAACAGGAAAGUUGCAGUGCUUUUUGGACAUGCAGAACCUACCCGAAGCCAACAAGUUCUAAAUAAUGAAUGCCCAACUUGGUUGUGUGAAGUAGCAGCCACCAUUACUCAUCUUACUACACCAAAUCAAACGAGAGAUCACAAAAAUAGGAAUGAUGCUGAAACACUAUAGCUUUUGAGUGAAAUAGGGGAAGAACAGAAAAGCAGAACAAACUCUCACGGCAGGUCACGUUACC